UUUGAUGGUUUGUUUUCUUUUAGAUUACAAAAGAACAGAGAAGAUGUGUUCUCAAACCACACCAAGUUUCACCCCUCCUCUUUCCUUCUGCUGGGCAUUCCAGGCCUUGAAGAGAUGCACAUUUGGAUUGGAUUUCCUUUUUGUUUUAUAUAUUUGAUUGCCCUUGUGGGGAAUUUCACUAUCUUGUUUGUGAUCAAGACUGAGUACAGUCUUCACCAGCCCAUGUUUUACUUCUUGGCUAUGUUGGCCUCAAUUGAUCUGGGCCUGUCUACAUCUACCAUUCCCAAGAUGCUGGGAAUAUUCUGGUUUAAUUUAAGAGAGAUUAGCUUUGGGAGCUGUGUCACCCAGAUGUUCUUCAUCCAUAUAUUCACUGCCAUGGAGACUGUCGUGUUGGUUGCCAUGUCCUUUGAUCGCUAUGUUGCCAUCUGCAACCCUCUACAGUAUAGUCUGAUUCUCACUAACAAAACCAUCAGUUUCAUCCUGGUGGUGGUGUUUGGUGUUAAUUUCAUCUUGGUUAUCCCUCUGGUGUUUCUCAUCUUGAGGCUUCCCUUCUGUGGUCACCAUAUAAUCCCACACACAUACUGUGAGCACAUGGGAAUUGCUCGGCUGGCCUGUGCCAAUAUAAAGGUCAACAUGAUAUUUGGAUUAGUUCUUAUUUCAAUGGCACUUGUUGAUGUGGUUCUGAUCGCCAUUUCCUAUGUGAGAAUACUCCAAGCUGUCUUCUGCCUUCCUUCCCGGGAUGCCAGACUCAAGGCACUGAAUACGUGUGGAUCACACAUCUGUGUCAUCCUUGUCUUCUUCACUCCAGCUUUUUUCUCCUUUAUGACCCACCGGUUUGGGGAGAAAGUUCCAAUAUAUGUUCACAUUCUCCUGGCCAAUCUAUAUGUGGUUGUUCCUCCUGCCCUUAAUCCUAUCAUAUAUGGAGUGAGGACUAAGCAGAUUCGGGAAAAGGUUUCAAGUAUCUUUUUGGAAAAAAAAUGAUUUAAAUGAGAGCUAUACAACCUAAUCUAAGAAAAAAGGAUUGUGUUUUUCAACUACAGAAUCUUUCACCAGAAAAGUUUCUGACUUUAGCAUUAUCACAUUCAUAAUGUAUUUAAAUAUCCAAUUCAGAGCAUAUAAUGUGAAUGACAAAAAAAUCACCAGGAAAACUUACAGAAUACCUAAGGUUUAAAAAAGUUGUUUAAAGGGCUUUGUUGGAUUUACUUUCCUGUUUAACCUUUAUAGAAUAGAUCUGAUAGACAAGAUCACAUGGAAAAAGAUGUUUCUUUUCCUUUUCAAACAGUUAACUCUGUAGAUUCAUUAUCAACAGAUAUCAACUUUUUAAAAUUUAUUUAUUUGUUUUCAUUUAUUUGAAAGAGAGAGAGAGAGGGAGAGAGAGGGAGAGAGAGGGAG